AUGAGGCUCAUCUUCCUGGUCCUUCUGCUUGGUGUGACUGUUAGUAGCUUCUCCAUCAGGCAGAAGAUCAAGGAUUUUUUUAGUGGAGGCAUAGCAGAAAAAUUGAAAAAUGUAGCCAAAGAAGGCAUCAGAAAGGCUCUGAAUGGCACCUUCCUGCUUAAAAUCAGCGAUGCAUUCAAAAAGCUCGGCUCCGUAAUCAAGGAACGGCUCACCCUUUCUCCAGAGAGGAGAGCCGCACUUCUACGAGCACUGCAGGCAAGAUACUGGCUGUUGUCGUCAAACCCUAGAGUAAUCGAAGUGUUCGAGAAAGCGGCAAAAGCUUGGGAGAGCAAGACCUGCCUAACAUUCAGGAAAGUAAAUUACGGUGAAACACCUGAACUGAUUAACGUCGGUGCUCUGGGUGGAUGCUUUUCCUCUGUGGGAAAGACCGGUAGACCUCAAGAUCUUUCGCUAGGAGAUGGAUGUCAUACGGUAGGAAUAGCAGCCCACGAAAUCGGACAUUCGUUGGGGCUGUACCAUACAAUGGGCAGAGCCGAUCGUGACAAGUACGUCACUGUCAACAUGGACAAAAUCAGGCAAGAUUAUUACUCUGAGUUUCUCACCUACACCGUAGAUGUGGAUACUUACGGUGUGAGCUAUGAUUACGGUAGCAUUAUGCAUUAUGGAGCAACAAGGUUCGUCUUCCACGGGAUUACUUACAGUAAAAGAAUAGAAGCUCAGUGUAAGUUGCAAUUUCAGUUCUGCUAUUGA